GAAGAGGACUCUGUUCUGUAAUACUUCGUCACUUUCCAAGAUGGCGGUAUUUCUGAGGCAAUGCUAGCAUAAGAGAGACGGAGCUGAAACGUGCUGACAGUGAGAACAGCAUAUGGAGGAUGGAGGACCAGCAAGGUGGUGAAAUGAGUUCUUCAGAAGAGUUGAUACAGACAGACACAGAAAGGAGCAGACCUCAUCAGUGUCAGACGUGUGGACAAUCUUUCAGUCGGGUUUGUAGUCUAAGAAGACAUGAAGUCACCCACACUACAAAGGAGCUGUACCACUGUGAACAGUGUGGGAGCAGUUUCAGUCAAAUGAAUGCAUACAAGCUACACCUGUAUACACACCCUGAAGAAACACCAUACUGCUGCGACCAAUGUGGGAUGGAUUUCAGUGACCCAAGUUCAUACAGAAAACAUAUUCGUGACCACACUGGACCAUACCAGUGUGAUCAGUGUGAAAAGAGUUUCAGUUACUUCAGUAUUUACAAGAUACACAUGCGUGUCCACACUAAAGAAAAGCCAUACUGCUGUGACCAGUGUCCGAAGAGUUUUAGUUUUUUGAGUUCAUAUAAGCGACAUCUGCUUAGUCAUAGUGGUGAGAAGCCGUACCAGUGCGACUUUUGUGGAAAAGGUUUCACUCAGUCAGGGCAUUUUAGUCUGCAUCUGCGUAACCAUACUGGAGAGAAACCAUACAACUGUAACCAAUGUGAAAAGAGUUUCAGUGAUUUGAGCAGUUACAAGAUACACCUACGUGUCCACACAGGAGAGAAACCAUAUUGCUGUAGCCAGUGUGGGAGGAGUUUCUCUCAGUUAGGUAAUUACAAGUCACAUUUGCGUAUCCAUACUGGAGAAAAACCAUUUCACUGUGAACUAUGUGAGAAAAGUUUUUCUAUUUCAAAAACAUACAAGCAACAUGUGCGUACACACACUGGAGAGAAACCAUACCAGUGUAAAGAAUGUGGGAAAGGUUUUGGUCGUCUGAGCAACUACAUGCGCCACCUUCGUAUCCACACUGGAGAGCAACCAUUCAGCUGUGACCAGUGCGGGAAAUGUUUCAACAGUUCAUAUAGUUACAGCCGCCAUCUGCGUGUCCACACUGGAGAGAAACCAUACUGGUGUUCACAGUGUAAGAGACUGUUUACACGUUCACACUCUUUGAAGAAACAUCGUUGUGUUGAAGUAGAAGAAGAGAGUUCAACUGUGUGCACCAAAGAAGCGCAAUUUAGCUGCACACUAAAAGAAGCAACAAAUGACAACUAAUGAAAUAAACUACAGUUAAGAUAGCAGAGGAGCAUGUCAAUCUGUACAACAGUGUGGCUCAGUGGGGUGAUUUAAUAGUUUUUUGAUAGAAGAUAUACACCGAUCAGCCAUAACAUGAUGUUUGCCAGCCUAAUAUUGUGCAGGUCCUCCUUUUGCCACCAAAAAAGCUCUGCCUAGUUGAGACAUGUACUCCAUAAAACCUUUGAAGGUGUCCUCUGGUAUCUGGCCCAAAGACAUCAGAAGCAUAUCCUUUAAGUCUUGUAAGUUGUGAGGUAGGGUCUCCUUGCUUGUACAGCGCAUCCAACAGAUGCUCAAUUGGGUUGAGAUCUGAGGAAUUUGGAGGCCAAGGCAACACCUUGAACUUUUUGUCAUAUACACAGCCCCACACAUAGUGAGCUGUGAUACACUGAUUGUUCUGACACCUCUUUGUCAGAACUAGCAUUAAGUUUACCAGUAGCUGCAGUAGCUCUUCUGUGGGACCAGACAGCACAGGCUAGCCUUCACUCUACACACACAUCAGUGAGACUGGGAACCCAUGACCUUGUCACCAGUUCACUGUUUGCCCUUCCUUAGACCACUAAUGUACUAACCACUGCAGACUGGGAACACCCAACAAGACCUGCAGUCUGGGGAGAUGCUCUGACCAAAUUGUCCAUCCAUCACAAUUUGGCCCCUGUCAGUCACUCAGAUCCUUAUGCUUGCCCAAUUUUCCUGCUUCCAACACUGACUUCGAGAACUGAAUGUUCACUUUCUGUCUAAUAUAAUUGUGAAGAAAUGUUAUUCACUUCACUUGUCAGUGGUCAUGAUGUUAUGGCUGAUCAGUGUAGCAGAUACAGGAUCCUUAUUAGUAGGAUGAACUAAUUGUUGGUUUUGGUCUUUCCAUAGGACAUUAACCAUGUCUGUUUUCUGUUCUUCUUCUUCCAAUUGAUAUUAAACAAGCAAAAAAAAUAAAUAGUGGCUCUAAAUGUAAGGGGACUUUUGGAGUUUCUAACAAUUUCUAAUGGCAUGUACAGUAACUUUAUUAUGCCAUCUAUUGAUCCUGGUUUUUUUAUGUUUGUUUUCCUUUUUUCAAGAGAAAAUUCAUUUAUUUUGCCUGUGCUGUCAAAAUAUGAUCUGUAAAUCAGCCCCAACAGCCAUGCAGUGUCUUGUAUCAGCUAACAGCUAUUUAAUGUUUAAUCUUGGGUACAUCUAGAUUAGCUUGGCAUCCUUCAUAACUCCCAAUAGUUUGUAAUUGUUUCAGAAUCAAAGAGCCAAAAAAACCUCUUCCUUAAAACAAUAGGACAGUUUGUGAACGCGCACAACUCCUGCUGCCGGUGUUGUGUCACAAGUGGACAGCACAAUGAACCGUGAUGGCAUUAAUUAAUUUGAAUUUCUCCUCGAUAGAUAAGUAAACAAUGGUAUAUGUACCGAUUAAAAGACAUGUCUAACACUAAACAUUUGAGAAACACCUUAUUUUAACUGGCAUAAUGCAGACAUAGUAACUUCUCCAGCCUUACAACAAUUCUCUCUAACGUUACAGAAACAA